UAGAAAUGAGAAGUGCUGGAGGAGAGGAGGAGGGCACAGAGGCUGCACCGACAUGUCCCAUCACUGCUGGCUCACAGCAGAAAAUCUUUUCAUCUGCCAGGAGCUAUCACUAGACAAGGCAACACUGGAUGGUUUUUAACCCUGAAAAUGAACUUUAGGAGGAUUUUCUUAAUCAAGUGCUUGCUGCUUUUAUUUCCCAGUGUAAAAUGCUCCAGCACCAGCUGGAUUUACAAGGCAGUGAAUGAGACAGCUCUUCUCAGCAUCACUGCUCCUGGGAGCAUCUACGAGGCCACAUGGAGGAGAGGGGGACAAAGGCUGGUUCAGGUCAAAGAUAACAGAGCCAAGCACUUUGUGAACAAGGAGCAGUGCAGGUGUGCCAUACUCCGGAACGGGACUCUGCAAAUCCAGCGCCUGGAGAAGGAGGACAGUGGGAACUACACGGUGAUGGUUUAUCAGAAGGAUGGAAAGCUGAAGGCAGAAGAAAAUAUAAUGUUGUUUGUUCAGGAACCUGUCCCUCAGCCAAUCCUCAUCGCUGAAUGCAGGAAUAAAAGUGUGUCUGUCAAGUGUGAAGCCAAACAGAAGGCCAAGGACGAAGUAUUUCUAAUAGAACUGACUCAACCCAAUGGCCAAAAAAAUCCAAAGAAUGCAACAGUGGUGGAAUGGCUCGUGCGGAAUUCUGGGACGUUCCGAUGCGUUGCUAAGAACCAAAUCAGUGAAAAAAUGGCUGAAAAAGGAAUUAACUGCUCAGGCAAGAUGGACUUUUAUCUCAUCUUAAGCAUAGCAGGAGGUGCAGUCUUCUUUGUCAUCUUUGUGAUUUGUCUUAUUUAUUGUAUCAGAAGGAAGAAAACAAAAAGGAAUGAAGUUUAUGAGGAGGAGCGAGUGAUGCAGACUCUGCCCACGGACCGUGAGAGGGGGAUGCGGGAGCUGCCCCAGGCUCCAUCCAAGCCCACCCCGAGGCAGCAGCGCCUGCAGCAGCGCCCGCUGCCCCCGCAGCCCCAGGAGCCGCAGCAGCCGCGGCCCCAGCCACGGCCCCGCACCCAGCCACGGACCCCAAACCCCCCGAGACACAGGCCCUGAGCAGACAUCCUGGCAUGCAGCAGGCCCAGAGCCUCCUAGACUUCCCUGGCGUUCAGCAGCCUAAGAAAGGGAAUGCCAAGUGACGGGACAUGUCAUGGUGACUGGACUGGAAGCCCCUCUCUUCCACCUUCGGACUCCUGCUUAUCUCUCUGUAAGACUGUAGGUCACUUUCCCUUAACCUUUGCUGCUGGACAGUUUCCAAACCCCCUGAACCCUACAUCAAGAGCUGAUUUUGCCCAGUUGGGCAGAAGAGCUGUCACUGGGAACCUUCGCAGAAGAAUCAAUAAAGACAUGGCUGUGGAACCCCAUAGAGCCUUCUCCUCUCUCCCCCUGAGUCUGCCUGCCUAGGCGCCUAGCAAGCUGAGAUAUCACUAAAGCUGAGAUAUCACUAAAGAGCUGAUAUCACUUAAGCUUGCUAAGGUUGCCUGCAGCUGAGAACUGCUUGGGAGCUCGGACAGUCUGUCUCGAACAGGUCAGAGCUAUCCGGACCCCGUUGCACACUGCUGGGGACAGCCUGAACCCCAGAAAAGGUUGCAUUACUGGCAGGAGGGGUGUUGGUCUCUCUGCUCCACCAUUUGCUGGGAAAAGCAAGUUUGUGAGAGCCAGGAGCCCCUCCUGCCCAGCCCUGCAUUAUGCUCAGCCAUGAAAAGGCAGCUUUCCUUGCAGAGAGUCAGAGAGAGCAUCAAGUGGAGACCAGGAGACUCAAGGUGGUGGGCAUUCAUCCCUGUGGCUGUUUUUCCAUCAUGUUAGGAUAUGGAUAUGGAGCACUCAGCCCUGUGUCUUUCUGUGGUUCACUUGUUUUUACUGCACCUUGUCUUCGUGCUUUUUGGAUGGUUUUCACCAAGAAGAAGCUAAAGCUCUACUUGGACGAAAUGGACCUAUGGAUCUUAUAGGGUUUCAUCUCCUGCCUCACAUUAGGACAGCUCUCUGGCUUCAGCAUCAAAUACAUGGCCUCCUGGACCAAAAGUUAGUUGUAUGUAAUUAAAUAUUUGUUUGAAGUUGAAAGGAUUUAUGUCAUUUAAUGCAGAGAAGAAAAUAGUGAAAGGACAGUUGAGAACCUUGAAGGACCUGUGUGGGAAAAACACAAAUGGGAAAGGAAGAACUUCUCCCUUUUUUCCCUUUCUCUUUCUCCACUGUGUUUAGAAAAGAAACUGUGCGCUUGAGUUGCAGCAAGGGAGAGUUAGGUCAGUAUUUUAUUUUUCUUUUUAAUGAAACACUGAGAGAGAUUUCUGGGAGAGGUUCUCCAGCACUGGGGUUUCAAAGAGUGGUUGAAACAACAUUUGGUGAAGCCUUUUUGUUCUGACAAGGGCCAGGAGAAUGUGCUACACAGCCUCUUCAGGGAGAGUUUCAACUCAGUUUUUUGUGACUUUUAGGCAAAUAAAACAAACCUUUAUUCUCAGCAUAAGUCUGUGGGGCUAUCCAGACAAUUUUUUCUUUUGCUUAGAAGAGGUCAGGUCUCCUUUGGCUUGUGAAAGGAAGCAUUAUGAACUGCCAGCCAGCAGGAUUGCUGGUGGCACUGUCUGAAUUGCCAGGGGUUCACAGCCCAGGGCUCCUGCUGAGGGUGAGGGACUGUGUUUCUUGGUUUUGUUGGUAACACCUUGGGUACAACCAGGGCAGGAUGGAGAGCUGCUGAGAGAUCUGCAUCCCCAAGGGAGGAGCUGGACUGCAAUAAGUGCACCUGCAUCACAUGCUGGACACUGCUUGCUCCUCUGGGCCUUGGGGGUGUCCAUGGCUGCCUCCACAGGACAGCUGAGGAGCUGAGAGCACAGGCCUGCUUUAGAGCAGUGCCUGCACGGGUACACUCACCCAUCUGGGGUGAAAGGCAGGGCAGGUGAAGGAGGAGAGAGCUACAAGAGCCACAGAGCACCAGACAUCCAGCCAGCUAGCUGAUGUGUCAGGCAGAACACCCAAUAUCUCUUCCAGGCUGGCCUAUCCCACGUGUGCCAGGGGAGAUAAAACAACCAUGCUUUGUUUCUCCUCAGAAAUGUGACUAUUUUUAUCUUCUGGUGUAAGGGCAAGGAGGCAACUGGUCAGAAAAAGGAAGCUUCUGCCUCCUCCAGAGGUCAGUCACUUCACUUGAACUCUGACAGCAGGAACAGCCCUGGGAGUGCCAUUUGCUCUCUUGCCUUGGCUUUCUGCAGCUGAUUUUUGGGCUUUUGCUAUUUAAAAUUGCAUUUGGUAAAUGUUUCGUGGUUUAUUUUGUAACACACCACAUGCUAUAUCACUGUACUUAAUAAAUAAAGAGAGGACUGGGUGCAGAGGACCUUA